GGUUUUUAUACGUGAAUAGGAUAUUUAUUUCAAUUCUUUGUAGUUCAUUUGUAGUUUGUACUAAUUCAAUUUUCACUCCCUCAAUUUAAUCACUGGGUUGGUUUUCAAUGCUGGGUUUUGCUUAUAUAGGUUUAGUAUUUUUAAAAACCUCAGUAUUUAAUUGGGUGAGGUUUACUUACUCUGUUUACUAUGUAUUAUGCUAAUUUGCUAUUUUCAUUCAUCUUCUCCUUUGUAUGUUGCAUGAUUUUAAGCGAAGCGAUAUGUAGGCGUUGGUAGAGGAAUAGCUCUAUGAAUAGAUUAAUUCAGGAUUGUCUUGUUUUCAUGAUUACAUAAUCCCGGCCGAGCAUCAGAUAAGCUUCCACUAGUUGGUCCUUUUAUGGUUUAUAGCCAAAAUGCUAUUUCGUAUAUCUUGAUUAAAUACGCAUUCGUUUCUGAAUUCUGGGCAAAAAAUUAUAAACUGACCAGUGAUCUCGGCUAACUGACAAGCAUAAAUGCCCUGUAAAAAUUUUCAAGAAUCAGAAUGGCUUCGAUCGUUAGUCUGGUAAGAAACUUGUAAAUGUAUUGUUUGGUUGAGAAAAAAAUUGAAUGGUAGGUUGAGAAGAUAGUCUUCUGGUUUGACUGGCUGGUUUCUGUGAGAAGUUGUUUUAAGACUUGUGAAUGCUUACAGUGCUUUCUCUUUAUACCUUAGCCAACAAGAUUCUCAACUUUGAUAUUUUCCUGAGGAUCUAACUGCAUCUUUAGGCUUAAAAGUUUCUUUGCUUAGAUUGCUCUUGAAAGGCUGUGGCAGUUUAGUGUGGUGCCGAUUUGAUAAUCUGCGAGGGAUGGGACCUGGCGGACCUGGCGGACCUGGUGGACCUGGAGGUCCUGGAGGAGGACCUGGAGGACCCGGCCCGGGACCUGGAGGACCUGGCUGGGGACCUGGGGGACCUGGCUGGGGUCCUGGACCCGGAGGACCUGGUUGGGGUCCCGGACCCGGAGGACCUGGUUGGGGUCCUGGACCCGGUGGACCUGGUUUCGGACCUGGUGGAGCUGGUUUCGGACCUGGUGGCUUCUUUGGUGGUUUUGCUGAUGGUUUAUGUAGCAUGAUUUCUUCAUGCUUCUACUGCUUGUGCUGUUGUUGGUUGCUACAGGACUGCUUUGGUGGACCCCGUGGUGGUCCAUUUGGUCCUCCUGGUCCCGGUGGGCCCCCGCCCUACUGAUCACUGUUCUAUGUAUUGAUAUGGUGGUUAGGAAAAUAAGUUCUAUGCUCAUGAGAUGGGGAAGUAUCCUGUUAUCCAAUUUAUAUGUGUUUCAUGUUGUUAGGUGUUUAUGUAGAACAAUGGAUAAAGUUAUAUCUGUUUAAGCCAUCUUUGUUCCUGCCUUAUGUUUUUUUUUUUUUUUUUUUUUAAUAGAAAUAAUUGAUUGUAUGAAGUCCAUGGUGAAUGAUUCUAUGUCAUUUAUUGCUAUUCUUCCCAGUUUUCCUGAUUGAGAAUUCCCUGAACGAGUAUGAUUUAUUUGUUAAGGAGAAUGGGAAGAAUACGAAAUAUUUAUGGUCAUGGACAUAGUUGAAUUUAUCAUAAUGUUAGCUA